AUGGAUGAUUCUGACUUUGUUCCUGAAUCUUUGCAACCGUUACAUCAGCCGUCAGCUUUCAAGGCAGGGUUUGAGAAUGUUGGUUCUACUCGUGACUGUAAUAUCAAAAGUGACCAUCUUCUGCCAGAUGCAGAUAAAGACGUAUGCUACAUAUGUAAUAAGGAUUUAAAACAUUUAAACGCUGUGCGAAAGUCGCUGCACAUUAAUACUUGUUUGGAUCAUCAGGAAGCUGAGCAAAAAUUUGCUGAAAAUAAGGAGAAAUGGACAAAUACAUUGGACUGCCCAAUGUGUGGCGAACCGUUGCCACCAGGACCUUAUAGGGCUGCACACGCAAAACGUUGUGGGAAAAAAAAUAAUGUAUCUGCCACACGAUUGCUUGUUCUUAUGGAGACGCAAAGCAAAAUAGCGGAAAUGAAAAGAAAAGGCGGUAUUCCACAUACGAAACUCACUGCUCCCAAGCUCGAAGUGAAAAAGCCGGUUCGUGUAAAAGAAGAACCACGUUCUGCAUUUGAGGAGCAAAUGAAGAUAGCACUUGCUAUUUCUGCCAGUUUGGAUGCUUCAAAUGAUAGUCUCAAAAAUGUACCAGAUAAUGCAGCUGUGAUUAAACCAAGAAGGAAGUGUAAUCGCAAGUCUUACUCUUUUUACGAACUGGAACCACGCCCGUGUAGAUGCUCUGUUUUUGAUCAGAUACAAGAAAAUUUUCUGAAGCGGUUUAAAACAAAACGGUACAAAGACUUUCGAGAAAUGAUGGAUAGUAAGCUGAAGCGCACGUCAGUCUUUUUGGGUCAUAUUGGGAAAUGUAUUCGCAAGCUGGAACGUCUUGAACAAUUAGCAGAUGACUUUGGGAGGUAUGCUGUUACCUCCACUGGAGAUGUUACUUUAUUGGCGAUGGGUGGAGAAAAGAUUUCAACUCACAGAUUUCUUCUGGCAGCUAGAGCUCCUAAAGUUGCCUCUCUCAUUGAUGGCGCGGGCUUAGUUUAUUUAGACAGUUUUUCUGCAUCUAGCUUAAACUGUUAUGUUCGAUUUCUUGCCUCCUCAAAAAUGGAGUGGACUGAUGGAGAAAGACAGGAAUUGUAUGACUUAGCUAAAAUGUUUGGGCCGCCAGAAUUAGAGCUUUUGUUCAAAACGACGCGUGAACAAGAAGAACCAUUGAGUGCUGAUAAUAAUCAGAUCAAUUCUGUAAUUGCUGCACUGUCUAGGGAAAUUACUGCCAAAGAAUCUGAAGAAUCAACUGAAAAAUGCGUAGGAGAUUGUUCCAACGAGUAUUCUAGCAGUAAAGGAGUGACUUGUAGAUCUCAGUCAAACCCAAACGUUGCUGAAGAAGACAGUGCUUCGAAAGGAGCACCCUCUACGGCUGCUUCUGCGCAUAACAAAUCUGAAGAGUCUGUAAUAUUUCUUGACGAUUCUUUGAAAUCAAAUGGCGUAGCAGAAGAUAAGGCAUUGUUAGACGAAUGCGAAUUAAAAAAUGGAUCUGAUAUAGUUAGGAAACAACUGGCAAAAGAAAAUAACUGUUCUUUUUUCUGCGAAAAGAAGUUCAGUGUCGCAAGUAACUUAAAGGCGCAGUUCUGUGAACAAACAGCUUCUAUGAGAAGCCCGGAUAUUUUCGAUGUUGCUUCGGACGAUAGUUCAGAUGAACGUUCAAGCAAUGACGCAUUGAGUUCUAUAGUUGAAAAUGUUUUCAACAUAGCAAAUUUAUCUGCAGGUACUGCUGCUUGCGUUCCUGCCGAAAAGAGCACGGGCGUAUUUCACCGAGGAAGUAUAAGAGAUAUGGAAUUAGGAGCUGGAGAUGGAGAAGCUGCCUAUGUUUGCGAAUCUCACUGUGAAUCUUCACCUAGAAAGAUUGCUGUGAAUAAGUCCGGAGCUCAAAAUCAAUUUUUUGAAGGAUACGGUGGUAUUCUUAGUCCUAUUAACAGAGAGCGAUCUGCUUCCUGUGAAAGCGAAAGUCACUAUUUGGAAGAAGAGAUGAAUUUUGAGGGGGCGGAAGCUUUUUCAUUUUUAAACGGUACGGAGUGCUCUGGAUCCUUAUCAGAACUAAAUCAGCAGCAGGCAACAACUAGUGAGUUGGGACCAAAAUCUGCUUUUUGUAAGAAGCGAAAAAAGAGUAGGAUUGAAGAUCACUGCACUUCAACUCCUGUGGCGGAGGGGGGUAUUAUAGCUAAAAGGUUGAAAGAAUUGGGGUCGAAUGUCAAAAUCGUCAAAACAUCAAAUAUUACGCCAUUGCCGCAAUACGAAGUGAUGACAGAUGUGGAGUUAAAGCAAGAGCUAGCUAAAUUCGGUUUACGGCCUAUGGGCAAAAAAAAAGCUAUUGCUUUGCUGAGGAGGAUUUACGAGGAAACUCACCCUUGUAAGGUGUUUUUGGUAAUUGUAAAUGAAUCUCCUGUUACGUCACGGAAAAAUCAGAGAAGUUCAAAAAAUGUACUGGAUUCUGGUGCGCAAAAGCCUUUUAGUGGACUUUUUGAUACAAUACCUGAAGAUCCUGCUGAAGAAGCACUUGCAAACUGCACUCUGAACGUGAGUCUUGAUGAGGAUAGGAUACAAGAGGAAUCGGCGGUGGAUCUUUCUGACGAAGAUGGGCCUCUCCCAAAAAAUGAAUUUGCUGAUCGCCUCUCUCGCUCUGAUUCACCUGCUGCAGCAAUACCUAAGAAGGCUUUAAUUGAAAUUUUGGAUCGUCUUCAUAUUACAUUUAGAUUACCUGAUGAUGGCUGGAAGCGCAAGAAUCAAAAAAUAAAAAUGAGAAAAGUUGUUUUCUAA